AUGCCUCCAGUCAGAGAUGCCAAUGACACCACGCAUUCGUGGACAUCGCUACCUCAAGCAAUGUCCCGAGCGGUUUCAUCUCUCAAUAAAUCUUUGGACAAUGAUCCUCAAUGGCAGGCUUUCGUUGACACCAAGGCAAUCAUCGAACCUGUCACCAUGGGUGUCCAGUCAUCUGGUGGAGAGGAAGCCAUCCUCGUUACUGUUCACCCCGGUGCUAAAACCUCCACCUCGACAGGAUCAGCCUCCAAAGCAGAUUUUGUCCUCCGAGCUCGGCCUGAGCAAUGGGAGAAAUUCUUUGCCGCAGACCCUGUGGCGCCAUAUACCAGCUUUGUCGGCUUACAGGGCAUGAAUAUAGUCCAAGAAGGCGUCGGUGUCCAAGGCGACCAAGUCAAAUUUGCCCAGUACGGCCACCUCACCACUCGUCUCCUCGAGCUCCUUCGCGACGGACAGAAUGGGCCUCUGAAAGAAGAUGAGCAGCCCGAGGCUGACGAAGAUCAUCUAACCGGCAAAUAUAUCUACAUCGACGCACCUGUCUGGGGCCGUACGAAGGUCUAUUAUGAAACCUCCGGCAACGGGCCUCAGCAGAUUGUCUUUCUCCACACCGCGGGCAGCGAUAGCAGACAAUACCACGGCGUCAUGAACGACGCGCGCAUGCGGGAGAAAUGUACCAUGAUCGCCUUCGAUUUGCCAGCCCACGGCCGCAGUUUUCCAGGAAGCAACCAUAUCCCGGGCAACCAUACGAAUAAUGAGGAGGCCUAUGUCGGCACGAUCAGAGAGAUGGUUAAGGGCCUGAAGCUCAAUAAGCCUAUUAUCUGUGGCGCGUCCAUGGCUGGCCAGGUUUGUGUCGCCGUCGCCAUCCGAGCAGAAGAAGUCGGCGCCGGCGGAACUAUCCCCCUUCAAGGCUGUGAUUAUUUGACGAUGGAUCACCUGUGUGAUAUUGCGCUGAAUCCUGAUGCGUUGCUUUGCGUUGCAGUCUAUGGCAUGAUGGCCCCACGAUCCCCAUACGUGAACAAGAGAUUAAUCUGGCACAUGUACUCCGGCCAAGCUUACGGCAUCUUCCAUGGUGACCUGGACUUCUAUUUCGGCGGCUUCGAUGCCCGAUCCAGAGUCCACCAGAUCGACGUUAAAAAAUGUCCCGUCUACUUCCUCACAGGCGAGUAUGAUUGGAGUACAACCCCGGAAAUGAGCCAGACCACGGCGAAAAAGAUCCCGGGCGCGAAUUUCAAGGCAAUGAAGGGCCUGGGGCAUUUCCCGGCUACGGAAGAUCCGAGGAAAUUUGUGCCGUAUCUGCUGGAUGCUAUUGAUUGGAUUCAGAAGACUAGCCAAUCGUAG